AUGUCUUACAACUAUCACCUUUACAGUCGUCGUCCAGCCUGGUACCCACCACAUACCGUCCAAAUCUUCAUCACAAUCUCCACCCCUGAUCUCGACCGAGACUUUCAAUGGACGCUUUCUGCGUACAAUACAGUUACUCAUCUCUGGCAAAACUUCGAAGUUAUUCGAGCGCACCGCGGCAACUUCUGCAAAAUCUAUCAGCAUUCGCAUAACCCGUGUAUGCUUCCAUCCUAUGUCACCUGGGAAGAGUUGUGCACAGUCAACGCGGAGUGGUUUGAGAGUCUUGUGAACAUGACUCGUAUCUCGCCGUUGUGGAGCCUGACAGAGGGGUGA